AUGAAAAAAGUAGCAGUAAUAGGAAAUGGAAACUGGGGAACAACAGUAUCUAGGCUCAUAGCAAAUAACAUUACUGCAACACAAGAUUUUGAUUCGGAGUUGCUGCUUUGGGUGCACGAGGAGAUGUACCAACACCAGAAGCUGUCAGAGUAUAUCAACGCACUCAGGACAAAUCCGAUUUAUCUUCCUGGAGUAAGAUUGCCAGACAAUAUCAGAGCAGUGACUAGCUUUGAUGAGAUCAACGAAGCAGAUAUUUUUGUGAUUUGCUUACCGUGCAAGUUUUUAGAUACAAUUAAGGAGAUCAAGCCAAAAAAGGGAUCUUUUGCAAUAAACUUGUCUAAAGGACUGAUAUUGAAAGAUGAAAAGCUAUACACACCCAGUGAAUACAUAGAAAGUAUUCUUAAAAUUGAGUGUGCCAGUCUAUGUGGUGCGAAUAUUGCAAUUGAAGUGGCCACCGAGCAGCUAUCGGAAUGUACGGUGGGAUACACCGAUAAAGACCAGAUUAACUGUCUUGAGUGGAUGUUUGACAAUGACUAUUUUAGGCCUAGAAUUAUUCCACAUGACAUUGGGAUUGAGAUCUGUGCAGCGUUAAAGAACAUUGUCAGUUUGGGAUUUGGAAUUAUUGAGGGCAUGGAGUGGGGAUCGAACACAAAGGCCAUGCUGUUUAGAAAGGGUCUUGUCGAGAUGGAGAGGUUUUGUAAGCUUAUGAAAGGAAAGUUUUUAGUGCUGGAGAGUUGCUGUAUCGGAGAUUUGUUGACCAGCUGUCUGAAUGGUAGGAAUUUCAGGUGUGGAAUGCAAAUGGCCAAGGACCGAUGCAAAAGUGCGGAGAUAGAGAAAAAGAUGGGCGGACAGAAGCUUGAAGGGCCGGAGACUGUUAUGAUGAUAAACAGCUGGCUGGAAGCCAACAACAUGGAGAUUCGCAACUUUCCUGUUUUCCAGGCAAUACACAGGAUAUGCUUUCUGGGCGAGGCGCCUGAGUUUUUACAUUCGGUGCUGAAAAAGAGUGGUGAGUAG